CCGAACAAUUCGUGUUUUUUUAGACGACGUUGACUUUGAUGAUGGUUCAUGGAGAAACCAAAGAGCAUAACUGUGAAAGAGUUCACCUUUAAAGAUGACAAGACAGAUCCACCAGAGUCCCUGUCUGUCUCCAUACCCGAGCUUCUGGACCCACAGUAUGGCAUGUACGUGUGGCCCUGUGCAGUGGUGCUGGCUCAGUACCUGUGGACCUGUAGAGAGGAGCUGCCACGCAAAACUGUGCUGGAGGUGGGCGCAGGCGUGAGUCUUCCUGGCGUGUUGGCGGCACGCUGUGGUGCGGACGUGAUCCUGUCAGAUAGUGCCAAGGUUCCCCAGUGCCUGGAGAACUGCAGACGCAGCUGUGAAGCCAACGAUCUGAAGGAUGUGCAGGUGCUGGGUCUCACGUGGGGCGAGGUCUCCCCAGACCUGGUCCUGCUCCCAGAUGUGGACCUCAUUCUGGGAUCGGAUGUUUUUUAUGAGCCUGCCGAUUUUGAAGAUGUUCUUGUAACUGUGGCUUUUCUUCUGAAGAAGAACCCCAGGUCCCAGUUCUGGACCACAUACCAGGAAAGGAGCGCCGACUGGUGGAUUGAACCUCUGCUCCGUAGGUGGAACCUAAACUGUGUGAAAGUUCCUCUGGAGCAGUUUGAUGCUGACCACUGUGAACUGGCCGGGUCCAACCUCCCGGGCAUCCACUGUGUCCACAUGAUGAAAAUCACAGUGAAAACAGAUCAGAUCACGACGAAGACUUGGUGAAGUCUGGACCCUGGUCUGGGUGCACAGUUUGGACUCUUCAGGAGAACUUAAGACCAUUUCCAGGAAAAGGUCCUUUUGCAAAGAUUUCUUUUUUAUUUUUGUUGUUGUUGAUUUUGAGUUUAUGUUUAUUUUGGUGUUUUGUUAACAUGUCUUCA